AUGUGGGCACUAGAGCAACAUCUGGAGGAGGAGAGAAAACAAGGAAAAAGAGCGUGUCAGAGGCCGAUGGAGGAGCAGAUGCAUGCAAUACAGGGCUUUGUCAAGAGCUUUCAACCAUGUAGCAGCCCUACAACUCUGCCUCCACCUUCACAUCAAUGGUAAGCUUUUAAUUACUAUGGCAUUUAAUUAAAAGGGUCCGACCAUAGCAGCACAAUUAUUAUAGCCUUUAAGUUUUAGGAGCUUGUGUUGAUUUUGAUAUGGCUUUCCAAUGAUUACAAAAAUUGUUAGUGUAAAAAUAUCAGUUCUAUAUUGGUUUUUCACCAC